AUGAAGGAUCGGCUGGGUGUUGGACGUAAACGUUAUUCCCGCAACAGGUUUCCCAAACGAGAUGAUGCCGCCAGCAAUGACGACAACACCAUUCCCCUGACUAGCGUCUCUAGUACAGGCUAUGCUGGGAUUAGAACGGUCCAAUCCAACAAUGGCUCUUCUUCAUCCUAUGUCCCGCCCACCGACCGUCCUGCCAACGACGACAAAGACAACGACAACGACAACGACAACGAGGACGAGAACGAGAAGGAAGGGAUGUUCCGUCACAGACCGGGCGGGCGUAGGAUGCUCUUGUCGGAUGGGAAGCAGAUGGAUGCCUCCGAGGAUGGCACCCUCACCCGCAUGGGAGAGCUGUACAAUAAAAUCCUGAACUACUCGGUCAUCACGCGGUACUUUAUCUAUGUUUUGCCUCUGGCGUUGCUCAUUGCCAUACCGAUCAUUGUCGGGGCUACCAUCGCCCAGAAUGCAGCCAUCGGCGGGGUGCGCAUUGUAUGGUUCUUCACCUGGGUGGAAGUUGUCUGGUUGAGCUUGUGGGGAUCGAAGAUCAUUGCACACUACGUCCCCUAUGUGUUUCAGUUCCUGGUUGGCAUUUUGAUGACGCGAAACCCCACCAAUCAAGCCUCCGGCGACACACAAAUCAAGUACUGGCAGAAUGUAGUCAGGAAUAUCCUGUUUGCCGCGUUUGUCUCGACCUUGAUUUUGGCUGCGGAGAAGAUCCUCAUUCAAUUGAUAUCUAUCGGCUACCACCGGCGACAGUUCGAUACCAGGAUCAAAGAGUCCAAGCGGAACAUCGCCCUCCUGACGAUGCUCUACAAGGCGUCACGGAACCUUUUUCCUGCUUAUUGUGCGGAGUUUGAAGACGAGGACUAUGCAAUCCAAGAUUCCGUAGUUGGCGUCAUGAAGCUUCCCCGUGGCCACAAGCGGCGUGGAUCCACUACUCCGAUGCGUCUGAUUCAGGGCGUGAGCCGAGUCGGGGACAAGAUUACAGCUGCGUUCGGCAAUGUUGCCCAGGAGAUCACGGGGAAGCAGGUCUUCAAUCCCACGUCGGCCCAUUCGGUCGUGACCCUGGCGCUGGAAAAGCGCAAGGCGACAGAAGCACUUGCACGACGUAUGUGGAUGUCCUUCGUUCUCCAGGGGCGAGAGAGCCUUUACCUAGAGGAUAUUAUCGAGGUUCUUGGUGCCGACCGUGAAGAAGAUGCGAAAGAAUGCUUCGCCAUGCUGGAUCACGAUGGCAAUGGUGAUGUCAGCCUGGAAGAGAUGAUCCUUACGCUGACGGAGAUCCGUAGAGUGAAGAAAUCCAUCAACAACAGCUUGCACGACGUUGACCAGGCAAUUAAUGUCCUCGACAGCCUUUUGUGUGUGAUUGUUCUCAUCAUGGUGGUCCUGGUUUUCAUUGCGUUUCUCAACACUGGAUUCGGAACCACGCUCGCGGCCGGCGCAACUGCGCUUCUCUCUCUAUCCUUCGUCUUUGCCACAACCGCCCAGGAGGUCCUGGGUAGCACGAUUUUCCUCUUCGUAAAGCACGCGAUGGACGUAGGAGACCGAGUCGAUAUUGGAGAUCGUCAGCUAGUUGUGGAACGGAUCUCUCUCCUCUACACCGUUUUCAGGGGCGCUCGAGAUUACAAGACGUUCCAAGUACCAAACAUUAUUUUGAACACCCAGUGGAUUGAGAACAUCACUCGCUCAAAGGCCAUGCGCGAGCAGAUCACGCUCACGGUGGAUUUUGGCACCUCCUUCGCAGACAUCCAGCUGCUGAAGGCCGAGCUGCAGAAAUUCGUCCGUGACAAGGAAAACUCCCGCGACUUCCAUCCAGACGUUGACGUUGAGGUCAUCGACCUUGGCACCAUGAACAAGCUCGAGCUCAGAGUUGAAAUCCGCCAUAAGUCCAACUGGUCCCACGAGACCAUCCGGGCCACCCGCCGGUCGAAGUUCAUGUGUGCAGUGGUCCUUGCUGCCCGCAAGAUCCCCAUCUACGGGCCUGGCGGCGGCGACGCUGCGCUGGGCGACGUUACGAGGCCGUCAUACUCCGUCGCGAUAUCCCACGAGCAGGCGCAGGCGAACAAGGAUGAGUGGACCAAGGGGAAAGAUGAGGCGCGGAUGAUUCCAACAUCUGAGAUGGAUGACUACCUCGCACGCACCGGUAAGCUGGACGGGUCUGACGCAUUCUCCCCCGCCGCUGCCACCGCAGUGGAUGGCGGGUCGCCCAAUGGCACGCUCCUUUACCGCGGCGCUUCGACCCGAUCCGCGCCUGCGAAGAAGGACACGGAAGCAUCCGUCGUCCGCGCCCUGCAUUCCCGAUCCGCAGCCACGGACCAGCCGCGCAUCGACGUAUCCAACAUCCCCCACGACUACAGCAAGCUCUCUUCACACAACCCCAACGGCACAGGCACCGGCGCAGCCGCAGGCGACAACAGCAGCAAUCGAGCCUCCAACCCCCCAGACCCCCUCAUCACCCGCGAGCCAUCCACAGGCCGACGCACAGGCGCGCACACGACCAGAUUCCUCUCGCCCACCACGCCCGUCAUCCACGAGAAAGACGGGCCCCCCGGUGCCGUACCCUCGAUCCCAAGCCACCUCCUCCCACCCCCCGUCGCCACCACCACAACGACAUCCGCACACGAGUACUUCGAGCUCACAGACCGCCAUCCAGACCCGGGCGCGGGCCGCGACUCGUAUUAUCAUCAGCAGCAUUACCAGCAUCACCCGCCUUCCAACACCGGUAAUAAUAACAACAAUCACAACAGCAACAAUCCAUACAUCCCGCGCUCACCGCCGUCGACCUCUUCCAGUUCUACAAUCCAAUCGCAGAUGCCUCGGCCUCCUGCGCCCGCUGCCGGCACUGCUUAUCAUGGUGCGGCUGGUAAUCCGCCUGGGGGAUCGAGCUCGGGAAGAUAG